AUGAAACUGCCAACCUUCUUUAGUGGUAUUGAACCGUUGACAGCGGAGACAUGGUUACUAGAAAUGGAAAAGUUAUUUGAAGUGUUUCCUUGUACUGAGACUCAGAAGGUUUUAUUGGCCUCCUACACUCUUAAAGAUGAAGCUCAAAGAUGGUGGCUAGACCGAAAAGUUUCUGAAUUCCAAGAAUUGAAGCAAGGUAGAAUGUUCGUAGCCGAGUAUGAGGCUAAGUUUACUGAGUUGGUCAGAUUUGCUCCUCAUAUGGUCGACACAGAUUAUAAGAAGGCCCAGAAAUUUGAAGGGGGCUUAGACCUAGACGUGUAUAAUGGAAUGGGUGUAUUGAAAUUGCCUACUUAUGUAGAAGUGCUUGAUAGGGCAUUGAUGACAGAGGCCAUACUAGCAGCCAAGAAACAAGCUAUAACUCCAACAACUGAAUGA